GUGGGACCUCGCAGCGCAUGGGCUGUGCAAGCAACGAGGGCAAACUGUUGAUGGUGUUCUUGCACUGGUAGGCACCAGGAGCCAGUUUCUCUGCUUUAUCGAUAUGCUUGUUCAUUGGGAACCAGACAGUUUCUGUAUGGCAACAGAGAAGGCAAGUUGUGCUUACUCGUGUGAUGCCACCAGUAAACAAGGCCCAAGCGGCUCCUCGAGGUGUCAUGGCCGCCCAUAGCAGGCAGCAUGGCAAAAGAGUUUAAGACAUGAACUAAGUUAAAGAAGGUACAUUCCAACCUCUCCUCUUCCUUAGCUUAAGUAUUUUAAAUAUCGAAACUCUUCAGAGUUAAGCGGUUUUUUUCUUUAAUUCUGAGGCCUGGUGUAGCCUUGCCCUUGAGUAGCUUGUUCUAGCAAAAUCCAUCUUUCUGGAUUUUGCAGUCGUUGGCAGAUAUUCGGUGGAAAUGCUGAUAGUAGGAUAUUUUGUUGCUUAACAGUAAUCUUGAAAUCAUUCUAAUAACGUCGUAUGACUGCAAUCCUUACCAUAGAUAGACUUACUCGAAAAGUUGGAUGGAAAUGUUGAUGGAAAAGUACUUGCAUAAAAUAAAGGAGUGAACAGCUCUGCUGUUCUAGGAAGCAGUCAGUGAGCUUAAAAUGCAGGCUUCGGUCACAGAAAAACGUUACACAUCUAGACAUUUACUAUGCUAACAAGAGGAAGUAUGUUAAUAGGUAUGUUUGUUUAAUAUCCGCAACUAUACAAAGAAAUGCAUGAAUACGUUUAUUAGAACUUAAUUCUGCAAGAUAAGACUAUUUUACAAGCAUGCUAUUUGUAUCUCUUUUGGAAGUUAAAAUAUAUACAUGUGCUUGUUACAGUUCAGAAUACUUAUUUUUUCAAAAACAGAAGAGUGUAGAAUGUUCUUAAUCUCUGCUUAAAUGUGGAAUUAAUAAGUUAAAUAUGAAAUCUGUACACAACGAUCUGUUAUCAGUGUAAAAAAUAGAUGGUUUUCUAAUUAGGUGUUGGUUUUUGCAGUCCUGCAGGAAGGUAUGAAGGAGAGUGUUGCUGCAGAUAUUAAGAAUUUCUUGAAGGGAAAGAAACCAAACACAAAAACCACUGCUGUUUGAUACGUGAUCCUGGUUUAUAAAUUUCUGACAACUUAAUCGAAAUUGCUAUUGAGGACUUCAACUGAAAACUGCAUUUUAUGAACCACUACUUAAAAGGGCUAAGAUGGAUAGCACAGAGGAACCUCAGAAAAAAGUCUUUAAAGCACGAAAAACAAUGAGAGUAAGUGAUCGGCAACAACUUGAAGCUGUCUAUAAGGUUAAAGAGGAGCUGUUGAAGACAACUGAAGUGAAACUGUUAAAUGGAAAACAUGAGAAUGGAGAUUCUGACAUAAAUUCCCUUUUAAGCAAUACAGAUUGUACGGAAGUCAAGAAAGAAAUUAAUGGCGUGGUUGACUUGUGUGCUAACUCUGAAGAAGGCCAAACAGCUUGUGAUGAAAUUAGUGAAACCAAAUGCCCUGAAAGUAAGACAGGAAGCAUAGUCAAUGACACAGAAUCCAAACCUCUAAUGCUUUCUUCAGAAAAUGUUACUCCUGAGCAAGCUAAAGAUACUGACAUCACAGUAAAUUGUGAGGCUGAAAAUGGAGUUGGUAGCAGUAAAGAUAGCUUCCAUGAAGAAAAUAAUAGAAAAGAUCAUUUGGAACAAAGAAAGAAUGCUAUCCCAUUGGAAGUUGAAAGUAAAUCAGUCUGUGAUAUUAGUGACUCUUCUGAAGAGAAGGGAGAAACAAAUUAUUUACCUGUUAAUUCCAGUUCAUCUGGUGAGGAAAAGAGGACUGAAGAAGUAACUGUUGAAGAGGUUGUUGGAGAAGCAGCCAUCUCUAGCAGUAUGGAAACUGACCAGGAAAUACAAGAAGGCAGUGCAGGACUUUCAGAAACCACUGUUUCAAAGACAAUAGAUGAGCCAAGUGACAGUAUCUUGGACAAUACGGACUGUAUGGAAACGGAUGACAUUAUUCCAAUUCUGGAAAAACUAGCUCCUGCUGAAGAUGAUCUGAGCUGUUUUUCUAAAAGUUCUCUGCUUCCAGUGGAUGACACAGUCCCAGAUUUAGAAGAGAAAAUAGACAAUUGUUUGGGUUCACCAUCCAAACAGGAAAGCAAUGAAAGUCUGCCAAAAGAGGCUUUCUUAGUACUGUCUGAUGAAGACGAGCCCUGUGAUGAGAAGGAGGAACUUGUCGAAGGGAUACUGCUAAACAAGUCGAGUCUUCCAGAAGAGGUGGAGGGGGAGAGAAAAAAGGAGUGUGAAGAUAAAGAAGGAGAAGAAGCCCACAAAGAAGAAGAGAAACAAAUAGAAAAAAGUGAAGCAUCAAAAAGAAAGCGUUCCAAAUCUGAGGACAUGGACAAUGUUCAUUCUAAACAUCGUCGGUACAUGGGAGAAGAUUAUGAAGCAGAAGUCCAAGUCAAAAUUACAGCCAGAAAGGAUGUUGACCUAAAAUUACAAAAGAUUAUCCAGAGACUUUUAGAAGAAAAACUUACCGCUUUACAGUGUGCAGUAUUUGAUAAGACUCUGGCAGACUUGAAAACCCGAAUGGAGAAAGUAGAAUGCAACAAGAGGCAUAAAACUGUGCUUACUGAAAUGCAGGCUAAAAUUGCGAGAUUGACAAAGCGGGUUGGAGCAGCUAAGGAGGACUUGAAGAAGAGACAGGAAAAUGUGGCAAAUGCACCUGUAUCUCCAGGGAAAGCAGCACCCGACACUGCAAAUGUAAACAAUGCCACAUAUCGAAAUGCUGGCACAGUAAGGCAAAUGCUGGAGUCAAAGAGGAAUGUAGGAGAAAGCACACCAGCAACAUUUCAAGCCCCUGUGAAUCCAGUGCCUGCUUCCAGUCUUGCUGCUUCUCCAGCAGUUGUCAGUGGACAUCCUAAGCUUCAGACUCCAGUGUCCUCCACCAGCUCUUUGACAACAGCAGUGCUUCCCACAGCUAACACGGCUACAGUUGUAGGCACUAACCAAGUGCCCACUGGCAGCACUCAGUCAGUGUCUGUCUCAUUGCAGUCUUUGCCUGUAAUCCUGCAUGUACCUGUGGCAGUGUCAUCCCAGACUCAGCUUCUGCAAGGCCACACAGGGACUUUGGUCUCUAACCAGCCGUCAGGCAACGUGGAAUUUAUAUCUGUACAAAACUCGUCUACAGUUGGUAGCCUUACCAAAACUACAGUGUCUUUGGCAUCAACUAACACACCUAAACCAAAUAACAUCCCACAUGUGCCCAGUCCUGGUAUUCUGAGGAACUCUACAGCCAGUGCUGGGUCAAUAGGCACAACAUUGGCAGUACAGGCUGUUCCUACUACACAUCCUGUUGCCCAGACCACAAGGACUUCUUUGCCCACAGUGGGUACUCCGGGACUUUAUAAUGCGACUGCCAGUCGAGCGCCCCUACAGAUGAAGAUUCCUCUCCCUGCAUUUAGUAGUACAGCUCCUACUGAACCACCCACCAUUGCAGCAUCCAAGAUCGAAAACCAGACAAGCAGGCCGCCAACAGAUACUUCGGCAAACAAGCGACCUGCUGAGGGAACAACACAGAGCGGGAAGUUCACAGGAGGUGAAUCAGGAGGUGUCAUUGAUCUUACACUUGAUGAAGAGGAUGACAGCUGCUCUCAAGCAGAUGGCAAGAAGCAGAAGCAGAACCAGAGCCAGGCACCUCUGACAGGACUGAGCAUACCCACCCAGCCCUUGACUCGACCCCUGCAGCCUUUGCCACCUUUGCAGCCAAGCCCUGUGCAGCAGCCAGGUGUGCCAACAAGUGGCCCUUCCCAGACCACCAUCCAUGUAUUACCCUCAGCUUCGACAACAGUGAAUGUAACUCGGCCUGUGGCUCCAGCUAACCCCAAGCUUCCUAUCCCAAGAACCCCUGCUAACCAUCAGGUGGUCUAUACCACUAUUCCUGCACCACCACCUCAGAAUCCUGUAAGAGGAGCUGUCAUGACCAGCCCAGGCUUAAGGCCAGUCACCCCACAGACUGGAGGUGUGACCGUGCGAAUGCCGCAGACAACCUACGUGGUGAACAACGGGCUGACUCUGGGCUCUGGAGCUCCUCAGCUCACAGUGCACCAUCGACCGCCGCCGCAAGUGCACACUGAGCCACCACGCCCCAUACAUCCUGCCCCACUUCCAGAGGCACCACAGCCACCACGUCUGCCCCCUGAAGCUGCCAACACUUCUCCACCUCAAAAGCCACAGCUGAAGCUGGCCCGGGUACAGAGCCAAAAUGGGAUUGUGCUGUCGUGGAGCGUGAUGGAGGUGGACCGGAGCUGUGCCACUGUGGACAGUUACCACCUGUAUGCCUACCACGAGGACCCCAGUGCCACCAUGCCCUCGCAGUGGAAGAAGAUCGGGGAGGUGAAGGCGCUGCCGCUGCCCAUGGCAUGCACUCUGACACAGUUUGUGUCUGGCAGCAAAUACUACUUUGCAGUCCGGGCUAAGGAUGUCUAUGGACGUUUUGGACCCUUCUGUGACCCGCAGUCCACAGAUGUGAUCUCUUCCCAGAGCAGUUAAACUAGAGAUCUCUGGACCCUUUAAACCUGUCCUGCUAUCAAAAAUUGCCCCAGUUGUGGGAGGAGUUGAUCCCAUGCAUGUAAUUCACCUUUAAAUCCAUUCUGCAGGAUUAUUUUAGACAGUUGUGUGAUACACACUACACGCACUCAGAUCCAAAAGAAAAAUAAAGUCUGACCUGCAGCAAGAGAGCCUGUUUUUUCUAAAUAGUUCAUGUCAUUGGCCAUUUGAAAAUUUUGUUUUUUCCUUCCAUGUCGGGUGUUUCACCUAGAUCCAUACUAUCCUUUAUCCAAGAGCACCCUGAAUGCCUGGGAUUCUGCUUCAGAGUGGAAACAAAAUAGUAAAUUGCAGUUUGUCUGAAGUAAAACAUAUACAUACGUAAUGUCUAUUGAGACACCAACACAAGGGCAUAAACAAUCUGCCUUUCCCCGCCCUCCCCCAGCAUUCUGUAAGCAGACUGUGGCAUGAAGGGUGAUUCAAACCCUCACUUUUUGUACUGGAGGCUUGAGUGGUCUGGUCUUACCUUACAAACUGUAAUAAGCUAUCUGAGGGGAGGGAAGGGAACUUGAGUCUGGCCAGGAACCUGUGUAAAUUUGGAGGUGGUGGAAAAAAAAUAAUAAAUCACCCCACAACCUCCUACCUCUUCCAAGUAAAAAUGCUCCUCUAUUUUCACUAUCCUUCUCUACUCAUCCUGGGAGCUUUCCCAGACCUGAAACUGGAUUGUAAAGACUCCAUUCACACCUCUAUAGUUCUGACAAUUUUUCUGUUUCUUCCCUCAUACAUCCAACCCUAUUUUUUAGAUUUAUUUUGUGCCUUAAAGAAUAAUUUCAGAAAUAAAAUGUAGCCAGAUACCUUGUGGUGUUCUUUUAUUUGCUUGGAGUUAUUUUUCCCUUUACCCUUCUAGUCUUUUAUCAGUGCUUCUAAUUUUCUAGGUCUGCAGUAAUUGCUAUUUAUGUAAAGACAAGAAAGUGCAACAUCUGAUGGUGAAUUUGUUCUUAUCUGCAGUAUCACGCAACCCUUUCCUUACUGCAAUUCCUGAAUAGUUGUUUUUAUCCUGUCAAGAAUAUUCAGCAUCUAGACAUUACUUUCCUCCAGAGCCUUUUUUAGUUCUUUUGGGAAAGGUGCAAUUCAGCCAAAGAAGAAAUCCUCGUGGUGUGGUGCCAUGAAAGCUUCUACCUGUUUGCACUCGUUUGGACGCUCAGUGAGUACAAAAGGAGCUGGAUUCAGUGUGCUUCCCUCCCCCAUCACCUGCCUGCCUAAACCUUGUCAACGAUUGCAAAUGUUAAUAGAGGCUUUCAUGAUGCUUCUGAGCUGAGAGAAGAAAUUGGUGGAUGUCCCCUGCCGUCAUUGACGUGUUAAAAUUGCUUUUUGCAGAACAAAAUUGUAACACACCUGGACAACAAAGUAGAUGCAAGGGUUGAAUUUUGGCGAUUUUCGGUUGCAUUCCUACCCAAUAGAACUAAACAGUAGGUUUAGAGGGGAAAGUUUUUUUUUAAUCCACUUCACCAUGUAGCAAAGCUGCAGACUAUGACAUUUUUUCAUUUCAGUGCUCUUUCUCAAAACCAGCAUGUUGAAAUGUGAAGCAAGAUUUGAAGAAGUAUCAGAGAAGUUAAAUCCCCAAGCAGGGCUGAUGAAAUACACUUAAUGAUUAUGGGUUCUGUAACUGUUCCUUUGUUUAGAACCUCAACAGUGAAAGAAAUGGCACUGUAGACCUCUGUCUGGUUUACUGCACUACAUGUAGCUGGGAGUGUCACUUCUCUCAGGUGAGUUAUGGAUAUUCUCUGUAUGGAAACUUGCAUUUAAAAGUUGAUUUUGGCAAGCAAAAUUUCUGGCUAAAUCCAAGUAUCCUCAGAGAAGGUUCACACUGUAUGAACAAUGUGUAACCUUUCCUUUGAACUGCAGUUGUCCCUGUGUUUAUGGUGCUAUUAUCAAAAAUUCCUUAAAUUUUUCUGUGUUUAAGUAAAUGUUUUGUUUGCUUAUUUUAAAGAAUAAUUACUUAAAAAUGCAUUUAGUCUGUUUGUGGAAAUAGACUAAAUUUGGGUCCUUAUAAAAACAGUUCUGUAAUAGACAUUAGAACACUUAUUUCCAGUUGAUGGCUGUCAAUUCCUUGGGCAAUUUUUUGUUAAUGUACCAAAGAGCCUUUGGCUGUAUCAGUAGUAUAAAAUUUUACAGUUUGAAAGUUAAAAUAAACAUGAGGAUACAACCUAGCACUUCAUUUAUUAAAUUGUGAUUCCAACCCAAACUACACCUGAGCUUUGUUAUAGCUUGAGCUUCCAUUUAGAUAUCCCUUGUUUUAGGUUUGUCUCCUUUGGGAUAGGCAGGGGGAGCAAGUCCUGCAUUAGAGUAUUUUAUUUCUUCCAGUGGAAUUAUUAAUAGGUAUGAUGUGUCAUUCCAUUUGGAGGUUUUGUGGGCUGCAUCAUUACACAAAGAAGACUCAUACUUAUUUACUAAAGAUACAGUUCUUCACUGAACUGACUGUAAAAUUGGCUUCUGUCUUAACAGAUCCAUUUCUGGUCUGUAUGGCAGCAGUUCUGGGUUUCUGGCAGGAUUUUGUGAGACACCCUUGUUGACCAAAGACAUUGCAGCUAUGGGGAGAAAAACCACUUCCUUGUUUCAUCCCAGCAGGGCUGUUAAAGGUCGGAUUUCAGUAUCUUGAACAAGUACUGGUGGAGAAGUAUGUGAUAAAGCACAGCUUGACUUUGAGAUACCUGGUUUGGUGUGGAGACUUCAAGGGAGCUGGUCCCCAAAUCACUGAUGCCCAAAGAGAAAAGUAUGCCAGUUUUGUGCAGUCACUGUCACUGUGGAGCAGACCUCUGCAGUGAGUUUGCUGACAAACACAAGUAGUGCUUAAUUCCUUACCUCAUGGCAGUUUUUCCCAUGUAGUUUAGUGGCUGAUGGUUUUAUUAUCCUUUACCUCCCCAAAAGAUUAAAACUAUUGAGAAGCUUUCUGCUAGCAACAAUCAACCAGAAACAAUUUGUUUCAGUUACAGACUUUAUUUGAAAGUAUUACUAAAAUAUUUGGCAACAUUCAGUACAGGUGUGUUAAUACUGUCCUUCUAGACUAGUCUCCUCAUCAAUGAAAAGUAUCAAUCACUGAAGCCUUCCAAUAAUCCACUUUUAAAUACGCUAAAAAUUUCUAUAUGGCUUUUAAGUGAAGUGUUGAGUUCGGUUUCUUCUCUGCACUUAAUGCAAUUUUUUCCAUCUUCAAAUAGCUUGGUAUAAAGUUGUUGCUGACUAUCUGAAUUCUGUGAUUCUGUGUUUUGCUGCUGUCUCUGGGUGCAUGACAUUUCAGGAGUACUGCCUUGGACUGAGCUGCCAGUGUUCUAGCAAACACAGAAUUGACUACAGCUGCAUUUUCCAUCUUCAUUUACUCACUGGUGUGUUAUAGGUUUGAAUUGUUUUCUCUGUGUGUGAUAUAAGGGCAUCUAGAUGUCCAGGUUGAAAGUAAUUUGAGUUAGUUCAUCUAUUUGGAGAGGAGCCCUGCUGGGGGGGGGGAGUGCUGAUGGCAAAAUGGUGUGCUGCAUUUCUCCUAGUUACAGCUUCACUGGCCUCUUAUAUUGCAGUAUGGCUAAAAAACUACUGGAUACAAAAACAUAAAUGCUAGGAGGGGGCAGACUGCAGGUAUGGCAUCUGUAUUGUAUCCAGUGACAGCUUCAGAAAACACAAGGAUGCAGCUCUCUCAGUCUGUAAUUAUCUCCAUGCUCUGAGCAGUUUCCCUAUGCGUUGGUCUGACAUUGCUCCUUGGAAUUGUUUGUGCUGCCCCAGCUUUGUUAGAUCACUGAGCACAAGCACUGUGACACCCAUUCCCAAGGUUUUUAGCACAAGACUGGAAACAUUAAUGGUGUUCUCCCUGUAAAUUUAAGGGGUCUUACCAUGCUUCCUUUGAAAACAAAGGCAAAACCCCUCAGUCUUCACUGGGACCACGACUCAGCUCAGUACUAGGAUCUGAACAUCAUUUGUACUGUAACAGAAAUAGCCACUUCAGUUCUUCAUGCUCUUAGUCUUAAAUGUACAGUAAAUAAAACCUGAUAUUAUAAAGGGAUGGGUCACAUUCAUUCCUGUUGCCAAGACAGCCAUUUUCCAGGAUGAGUAUUGCAUACACUGUACAAAAUCAAGCUGUGAUUCUGCCUUCUGUAUACACGCUUUGAGUAUUCUUCUUUUGUCAAAAAUAUCUAUGCAGAUAUUUUAAAUAGAAGCUUGAUAUAUUAAAUAUAUAUUUUUUUAAUUUGCUGAUUUGGGUAGGGGUGGGCAUUGUAUGAAAACACUGGAGGGAGAAGAGAUUAAAUGACACUAAGCCAGCCCUGCCAUACAAAUCUAUUCCCUUCCAAACACCUUCUGAGAGGAGAAGGGAAAAAUUAAGGAGAGCUAGGAGAAAGCAAAUCAAUGAAUUUUCCUUUUAAUCCCUUUUAAGUUAAAAAGGUGUCUUUCUUUGUCAUUAUGCAGGCUGAGCAUUCUUUUCUUCUUUUAUAUACAUAUGCCUAUAUAUACAUGUAUAGAUAUGUGUGUGUAUAUAUAUAUAUAUAUACACACACAUAUAUAUUUGUACUGCUAUCUUAAAAUAGGGUGUAGCUGUAAAUAAGAUAGCUGAGUAGUAGUUGUUCAGAGAUUCCUGUUUAGUAAUUUAUUGGUUAUCAAAAGUCAAAUGUGCAAAAUCCUUUGUUGAAAAAUUCCAAAUCUGAUUUCUUGUUUUGUUUUGCAGCUGGACUUGUAAAUGCAAAAUAAAAAAUGUAAGACUGAUUUAAUUUCCAGUUUAAACUGGGCAAUUGCCAGCUUUCCCCAUUUUUGUAUGUAUUGUAGAUUAGUUUGUGUCUGUGUUAACUGUUAGUGGGAUUUUGUCUGACAAGCCUGGAAUUUAUACUUUGAAAUAAACCUCCUGAGUUUUUAA